AUGGCCAAGGGGAAAGCUGACACCAAAAAGGGCGACGCCAAGAAGGGCGCAGCCGACAAGAAGGGCGACAAGGGCGACAAGGACGUCAAGGGCGCACAGCAGAUCAACGUCCGCCAUAUUCUGUGUGAGAAGCAUGCCAAGAAGGAAGAGGCGCUGGCCAAGAUCAGGGACGAGGGCGCCAAGUUUGACGACGUUGCGCGGACGCAUUCCGAGGACAAGGCACGGCAGGGCGGUGCAUUGGGCUGGAAAGUGCGCGGCAGCUUAGACCCGGCCUUUGAGGCUGUGGCCUUUGAACUGCCGGCGAGCACGACGGCAUCGCCGGUCGUGGGCGAGGCCAAGACGUCGUUUGGAUAUCACAUUAUCAUGGUCGAGGGACGCAAGUGA